GACUGUUUCUGGUCUCCAACCAAUGAGAUGCCGGCGUUCUGUGGAAUUCCCCAUCAGUCGGGGACUUUCCGCCUGAAGGAAAACAGGCUGCAGUGCAGUUGCAAGUCUAGAAUGAAAAAUACUCAACUGCGUUACACACUUUAACAAAAAAUAAGUAAACAUCGAGUUCCUAUUGACAUUUGAAGCCAAGUGAAGAUCUAGAUUUCCUCCCUUUCUUUUAUUUUUUUUAUUUUUUGCAUAAGCGAGCUUUUUGUGGGGACAGAGAUAUUCAAAAUUGCGUCGGAAAUAAAAUAAAAGGCUGAUUCAACGUUUUACAAGAAAUCACCGUUGUGAUACGGCUUGACUGUAAGAAUGGACGAUCUAUUGAUAGAUGGCGAACAGCUGACUUAUGAAGAUUUAUCCACGUAUAAUUUUAUACCGGCAAUCUCAAGCAUACACGUCAAAGCAGAGCCGUACCUGGAGACAGCUAAUGGUCCCUACCUUUCAAUAAUUGAAGAGCCAAAACAGAGAGGAUUUCGUUUUCGGUACGAGUGCGAGGGUCCCUCUCACGGAGGGCUGCCCGGGGCGUCCAGUGAAAAGAACAAGAAGACCUACCCCACUGUCAAGAUCUAUAACCACGUGGGCUAUGCCAGGGUGGAGGUGCAGCUGGUGACGCACUCGGAUCCGCCCCGCGUCCACGCGCACAGCCUGGUGGGGAAGCAGUGCAGUGAACACGGGGUGUGCAGCGUCAACGUGGGGCCCAACGACCUCACUGCACAGUUCAAUAACCUGGGUAUCCUGCACGUCACAAAGAAGGGGGUGAAUGAAGUGCUGACCAAGAGGCUGACGGCGGAGAGGAGGAGGCAAAAAGGGGACGACGCGGUCAUCACUGAGCAGGAGGAGAAGGAGAUAGCUAACGAGGCUCGGGAGCUGGGCAAGGUGAUGGACCUGAACGUGGUGAGGUUAAAGUUCACGGCAUACCUGCAAGACAGCAACGGGGGGUUCACCCUCGCCCUGAAACCUGUCAUCUCCCAGCCCAUCUACGACAGCAAGUCUCCCAACGCGUCGAAUCUAAAGAUCUCUCGCAUGGACAAGACGUCGGGCUCUGCGACAGGAGGGGACGAGAUCUUCCUGCUCUGUGACAAAGUGCAGAAAGAUGAUAUUGAGGUGCGCUUCUAUGAGGAUGAUGACAAUGGCUGGGAGGCAUAUGGAGACUUCGCACCCACAGACGUGCACAAGCAGUAUGCCAUCGUGUUCAAAACCCCUCCCUACAGGAGGAAUCAGAUAGAUCGCCCCGUCACCGUGUUCCUGCAGCUCAAACGCAAGAAGGGGGGUGACGCCAGCGAGCCCAAGCAGUUUACAUACCACCCCCAGAUACAAGACAAAGAGGAGGUUCAGAGGAAGAAGCUGAAGCCCCUCCCUCACUACCAGGACCACUACGGGCGAGGUGGGGCUGGGGGUCCGCCGGGGGGUUUCGGAGCAGGGGGGGCAGGAGGAGGAGGCGGUGGUUUUUACCCCUUUCCCCAUUCAGUGAACUCCAGCUUCUCUUACAACCCCAUGGGGGGAGGAUACCAGGGGGGCACCCAGAUGCCUGGAGCAGCGCAGCGACAGGACUCCCCUGCUAGCAGUGGGGCCCCUCAAGGGGGGCUGACCCCACAGCAGCAGCUCAUACAGAUCGCAUCGCUCCUCCAGUCCAAGGCCACACUGACGGCCAGACGCACGGCCCGCGCUCUGCUCGAUUACGCCAGCACGGGAGACGCUCGCAUGCUGCUGGCUGUGCAGAGACAGCUGUGCGGGGUGCAGGACGAGAACGGGGACACUCCUCUGCACCUAGCCAUCAUUCACCAGCAGGCCAGCGUGGUGGAGAAGCUGGUGCAGGUCAUUGUGAGCAUCCCAGACCAGAGGAUCCUGAACCAGAUCAACCACCUGAGACAGACUCCUUUGCACCUGGCUGUGAUCACAAAGCAGCACAAGAUCGUGGACUUCCUUUUGAAGGCAGGGGCUGACCCCACCCCACUGGAUCGCUAUGGCAACUCGGUGCUGCACCUGGCUACGCCCACCGGCGACGAGCAAAUGCUGCGGAUACUGCUGAGUCACCUGAAACCACACAGCCGCUACUUGCUCAACACACCUGACUACAAUGGUCUCUACCCCCUUCACCUUGCGGUGCAAAAGUCCGGUGAGCAGUGCUUGCGCAUGCUGGUUGAUGCCGGUGCGGAGGUGAAUGCAGUGGAGAGGAAGAGUGGCUGCACUGCCCUGCACCUGGCUGUACAGCAGGACCUCUUCGCUGUGGCCUGCCUACUCAUUACAGAGUUGAACGCUGAUGUGAAUGUCUGCUCAUUCGGUGGGAACACCCCCCUGCACCUGGCUGCCAGUCAGGGUUCCCCUGUGCUGUGCUCCAUGCUCAUCGCUGCAGGUGCCGAGAGGUUGGUGGAGAAUGAUGAGCCAGUCUGCAUGUCCUCUGGGUCCUUAUCUGAGGAAGAGAGGGAGGAAACACAGGAGGAGGAGAGCAGUGGGGGAGAGGGGGCAGAGAUAGCACAGACCCACACCGCACGCCCACACAGCCUGGCCUCUAACCCUCGCAAGAGACCCCCCAUGCGAGGACACACCCCCCUAGACCUGGCCAAGAACCAGAAGGUGCAGGACAUCCUGGAGGGGAAGCCGAGACGACCAGGGAAGACCCCCACCAAGCUGAAGACCGCCCCCCUUGCAGGUACUGUCUGCCCCCUGGACAGGGACACCCUGGACAGUGACACCCUGGCCCGGCUCAGCACUGCCCUGAGUGCGGGGGAGGUUCAGUGGAAGCAGCUGGCAGAGAAGCUGGGCAUGAGGACCCUGGCUGACCUGUAUGAGGAAUGCCCUUCCCCCUGCCACAGCCUGCUGCAGGGCUACCAGGUGGCGGGAGGCCGUGUGGAGUGCCUGAUUGAUGCUCUGCAGGCUCUGGGUCUCAAUGAGGGAGUGAGGGUGCUGAGGGAGGCCGGGCUCAAGGACAAGACCCACACCACAGAGGUGAAGGUGGACAGUGGCUAUGACAGUCAGUUGACAGAGCAGCUAGAGCAAGAGAAGAUGGACGAGUCUGUUCCAGCCAACUCCUGAGACCAGCAGACAUCCCUCCCUCCCUUCCAGCUCUGUGACAUCACAGUACAGCACAGUGAUAUCACAAUCCAGUAUGGUGACAUCACAGUCCAGCACAGUGACAUCACAAAUCAGCAUGGUGGCAUCACAGUCCAGCACGGUGACGUUGUAACCAGGAACCCGGGUUAAUAGUUCUAACAAACCCCUCUCCCCAAAACAAACCCCCCUUUCCCUUUGAGAGGUUGAGCAGGAGUCUCUGUUACACUGUGCGGUAGAGGGACAGCAGACCCUGGCGCAGUAGAGAGGGGGCUGCUGCAUUAUAGUGCUUGUAGAAGAAUCACAAUUCAUAAUUACCAUGGCUUUUAAAAACAGGUGGAUCACGUAAAAUAGUAUACCUCCAAAUCACUAAUUAAAAACAUCCGCUGUGUUAAUAUGUACAUUUCCAGAGGCCUUUAUCUAGCCCUGUGUGACGAAGAGUUUGACAUCUCCGCAGGACUUAAAGAAUAAAUACAAUCCUUAAAAGGAUGAAAACAAGAAGCAGUCUACUGCAUGCCAAAGUUGUUUUCUGAUGAUAUAAAAGGGUGUUUUUUGUAGAAGUUAUGGAUUCAACUAUUUUUAAUUUAAAGAAGAAAAAAACAACACAAAACAAAUCAUAAGCUUGGUUGCCAUGCUGUCAAUUCAGUUGACACUCCACCCCCCCCCCUUUUGCAAAAAGUGGUCACUCCCAAGUUCAUAGUGACAUCACAAUCCCUCACUGUGACAUUAGCGGGGGUGCUUGGACUGUGUCUGGAUUUCUUCAGGAAUCUGUUACUGUGAUACGCUGGGAUUAAACUGGAGGAUAUCUCAAUACCAGGGUACUGUAUCUGAUGAAUAACAAUGUUUACUGAAACAGAUCCACUGCAGACACAUCUGCCCAUCCUUCUCUCUGACUCACCAAGAGCGCUUAAGACUUUUAUUUUAAUUGUAUUUCCAUGUCUGUGCAAGUGAUGCUGUCGAAGAUUUUUAUAUAGCGAGAAAGAGAUAAUGUAUUUGACAAUGUAUUCAUAUUAGAUGCAAUAGGAAGUCCUGGCACUUUCAAAGUGAAGACGGCAUGCCAAUGUCUUUUUCUGUGUUACGUUUAUUUUUAAAUAAAAUCUGAUAUGAAAAUUU